AUGUCCCACAGGCGUGGCCAUCUCUCACGCAAGAUCCCAAACGUGAAACUCAAGCCACGGCCCGCUGUGAGCCUCAAGGAUAGCCAGGCAGUUGUAGAUGAUGAUCUACGCGAUGAGGACGACGCGCAGCACACCUAUCCAACUCCUGCCUCAGAAAAGCCGCUCACCAACUUUGUAUUCUGCUCCACUGGAAUUCUCAAUCGCAGCGAACUCCAAAAGAAAGUAAUCGAAAUGGGCGCGUCGUUUGAGUCCUCGUUUACAGACAACGUCACUCAUCUGAUAGCAAUCGAUUUCGGCAGUCCCAAGUACAACUGCGCAGUGAGGCUCGGUGCUGUCGUGAUAACACCGGCAUUCAUCGACCAAUGCUAUCUGGAAUGGCUAGACGGUGAGAAUGUCGACACACGUUCUCUUGCCCAGAAACACGCUCUCAAACCAUUCGCCAACCUCACCGUAUCUAUGAGUGGUAUCGGUGCUGGUCCCACUCGCCAACAGUUCGAGCGGUCGCUCAUCAGCAACGGCGCAAAUGUCUCGCGUGACCUCCACAAACAAUGCACACACCUUGUCACUGAAAAUACUACCUCUGCUAAAGUGAAAUGGGCCAAGAAUUACAACGCGGCUAAUGCAAAUACGCAUAAUAUUCAUAUCGUUUGGACUGAGUGGAUUUCUGCUUGUCAAAAUAUCAACGGGAGGCUGCCAGAAAGUGAUUUUUCGGUUGAUGGACAGAGACCGAAUGCAGACGCAUUCAGACUAUCGCAAAUACCUCAGCCACUCCUUCCUCACGACACACACGUCGCUAAGAAACGCAGCUUCGUCGAACAGCCCGGCAACGAGGAUCUCGAGAGGGCCGUUGUAAAGAAGAGUCGCGUAGCGAAAGAGUCGCUUGUCGAGGGUAUUCUAUCCCAAGCGACGCGCGAGAAUGAGGUCGAUAAAAGCGUCAAUGACGCUCCUCCUCCUGUCAAAGGUGCUCAUGAGAUACAGAGAGUACCGACAGCACAAUCUGCUUCAUUCCUCACCAACUCGCGUUCAUUCAAUGCCCCACAAAGCUCUUCCACUCACACACACUCCCACCAACCAGCCUCAUCAGCUGAGCAGAAGAAAGUUUUUACCAACUACACAUUCUCCCAUCGCGGAUUCGAAAAAAGCAAGUCACACAGACUGGACCUGGAGCUAGAGAAGUAUGGGGCGAGUGUAACGAACAGUGUCAAUCUCGCCGACCUCACCAUAGUACCAUUCAACAGCGGCACGACGUUUACGGCGCAGAUGUCUUCACUCGCCGUAACGGAGUGUUGGGUGGAGCGAUGCAUGUAUGAGGGUGUAAUAGUACCCUACAACCGCAACCCUCUCUACCGACCCAUAGAUAUGCCAGUAAUAGCGCCCGAUUUAGCUUCCUCCAUCUGCCUCACAUUUAGUGGACUAGAUGAAUGCGAGCGCACGCACGUCGUUCGUCUCUUCAAGUCGUUGGGCAUCCAUACUAGGACUAGCUACCCGCGCGAAGUCACCCACCUUGUCUCCGUCAUUCCGCCGCGCGGUAAGAGGUACGAUCGCGCCGUCGAGUGGCGCAACCCUGUCAUCGACGUGCGCUGGGUGUGGGAAAUGGCUUCGAGUGGACACAUGCCACCCCUCGCAGACUUUACGUGGGGGAAAGGCGAAAGGAGUGUUGCGGGUGAGAAUAAGAAGGCAGAGGAGACUAACUUCCUUGCAUCUGAUGAUGAGGAUAGUGAUGCCAAGAUGAAUGUUGGUGGGAAUAUUGGUUCUAAUGACAGUGCAAAUGUUAGUAAUUUCAGUGGUCCACCGCCGAAGCAGAUGGAGAUGGAGAUGGAGAUGGAGGAUAAGCAGCAACAGCAACAGUCGCAGCCAAAACCACACCACUCACAACACUCACCCUCCUCACAUACCAACAUCCCACUGCGCAAAACUCACUCGACAAAUCCGUUCAAAAUACGUGACAGCGGCGCUGGUCUCCACGACAGCAUCCUCCAGCUGCUCAAACAGGAAGGCGAGAAGAUCUACCCAGCUCUUGGCAAGACGAAGAAGCGGCCACGACUAAAACGUACCUCGACGGGUGACUCACGCGGGGGAAGUGAGACGCCAGCGCCUGUGGAGCAGCAGACGGAUGAAGCGGGUAGUAGUAAUAGUAGCAGGAGGGGUGGGGAUAUGGGCGAUCAUCAGAAUUCAACUGUAGUCGCUAAACCAAAGCCAAAAUCAACAACGUUGACAUCCUCCCCUCUUUCCAGCCCCUCACCCCCACCAUCCCUGUCGCAGCCACCGACACAGUCUCAGUCUCAGUCGAACGGAGUCGUCAACGAGUCGCUGCGCAUUAUGUACGAUGAUCCCAAGGCACGCAAUGAGCGCAAACGCAUUCUUCAGGCUCUCACCAAUACAAACAGCAGCGAUCCCCAUAGUAGCAACAGUAAUGGAAAGAGUAAUAGCAAUGGCAUUAGCAGCGGUGGUAAUGGAAACGGUGUUGAGGGCAUCAACAGCCAAAGUAACAGCCAAAGCCACCCUAAUGUCAUCACAGGCGUGAGCAGGAGUGACGAGAACGAGGGCGACGUCAUGUACAGAUUUGCUAGAGAAGACUUCGAGAAACCAAUUGCGGAAACUAGACCAAGAAGGGGCGCUGCGAAAGAGGGUAUCGAUAAAAUUAAUCAGCAAUAUGACCCCACGCAGCUGGAUGAGUUUUGA